CCAAAAAGCUCUUUUGUUUCUUUGAGUAAGAACUAGGGAAAGCCUAAUUGACGUCCCCACGAAUCUUAUGGCAUAAUUCUCAUCUCAUCUCAGAUUUCUUCUUCUAUACACACAUACAUACAUACAUAUAUGGCGUAAAUUGAAUUGGAAAGAAGAAGAAGAAGAAGAAGAAGAUCAGCAUGAACUGGCAACAACAAUGGGCAUGAAGUGCUCUCAGCUGAACUUGGCUAUCACAUUUGGGUUCCUCUUACUGUUUUCUACAUCAAUUGCGUCUGCCGAUGACAUUUCGCAUUAUGGGUCCGCCCCCAAAUCUCCCUCUUGCGACAAUUUACUUAGAUUGGUCAAGGUUAAGAUUUUGGUUAAUGGUGUCGAAGGUGAUGUAUUAGGUGGAUUAACUGCGAGAUUUGGUGGUAACUUGCCCACUCAUGCUGAAGACAGCAUCAAGUUGCCUGCUGUUUUUGCAAAUCCGUUGAACGGCUGUUCCAGCUCUUCUUCAAAGAUAUCUGGCUCUUUUGCUUUGUCUACACGUGGUGAUUGUGAUUUCAUGACUAAGGCUGAAGUUGCUCAAUCAGCAGGUGCAGCAGGCUUGUUGGUCAUAAAUGAUGGAGAAGAUCUUUUGGAGAUGUCUUGUCCUGAUAAUCACAUUGCAAACAUCACAAUUCCUGUUGUGAUGAUCUCCAAGUCAGGAGGAGUGGCUAUAAACAAAUCCAUGACAAGUGGAAAGAGAGUGGAACUUACGUUAUAUUCGCCAGAUCGUCCAAUUGUGGAUGUCUCCGUGGUGCUCUUAUGGCUAAUGGCUGUGGGGACGAUUGUCUGUGCUUCGCUUUGGUCAGAAUUUACUACAAGUGGGCAGAAUGAUGAGCAUUAUAAUGAACUGUUGAAGGAUUCUGCCAAUGCUGGAACAGUUCAAGAUGACGAUGAGAAGGAAAUCCUUGACAUUAGUGCAAAAAGUGCCAUAGUUUUUGUCAUAACAGCAUCCAUUUUUCUGGUGUUACUUUAUCUGUUCAUGUCAUCUUGGUUUGUCUGGCUGCUGAUUGUACUUUUCUGUAUUGGUGGUACUGAGGGAAUGCAUGCUUGUAUAGUAUCUCUGGUGUUAAGCAAAUGGAGAAACUGUGGGCAGAAGAAAGUGAAUUUGCCUCUUUUUGGGGAGAUUUCAGUUCUUUCUCUUGUGGUCUUGUUAUUUUGCUUGGUAUUUUCCAUUCUUUGGGCUGCCAAAAGGGAGGCAUCAUAUUCAUGGGUUGGUCAAGAUAUUCUUGGUAUCUGCUUGAUGAUAACAGUCUUGCAGUUGGCCCGAUUACCAAAUAUAAGGGUUGCAACAGUGCUUCUUUGCUGUGCGUUUCUUUACGACAUCUUUUGGGUCUUCUUAUCACCAUAUAUAUUCAAUGAAAGUGUUAUGAUCGCAGUUGCUCGAGGUGACAACAGUGGAGAAUCCAUUCCAAUGCUUUUGAGAGUUCCUAGACUUUUUGAUCCUUGGGGCGGUUAUGAUAUGAUCGGCUUUGGAGACAUUCUCUUCCCUGGCCUCCUAGUUUCAUUUUCUUUUAGAUAUGACAAAGCCAAUAAGAAGGGUGUACUAAAUGGAUACUUCCUUUGGGUGACAAUUGGCUAUGGAGUUGGCCUCCUUUUAACUUACCUAGGCUUGUAUUUAAUGGACGGAAAUGGUCAACCGGCUCUGAUGUACCUUGUUCCAUGUACAUUAGGAUUGGUUGUUAUCUUGGGUCUCGUUAGAGGUGAGCUGAAAGACCUCUGGAACUAUGGCACAGAAUCACCAUCACAAUCUAGGGAAUCUUUUGUGGAAGCUUGACAAAUCAGAUUGUUGCAUCUGUCAAGUGUAGAAGCGAACCGACGCUGUUUUGGAAAUGCCAUCGGUAAGGGGGGAAAAAAAUGUUUGGCUUGGUAUUGAGGGUCUCCUUUCAGUGCAUUUGAAAGUGGUGGAUAAGGCAGUUCACAAUCUGUAUUAUAUUUGUAUUCUAGCUAAUAAUGCUUUAUUCUUUGUUCUUGAAUAAUUUUACGAAGCUUUUUGUACACAAAUUGAACAACUUUAAUGGAUCGAGCAGGCUUGUAUUUUAAAAUGGUUGCAAUGAGGCGCUUGCGUGGUUGUUAAUUA